AUGGCUUCACUGCUGAUUACAGUGACUGUGCUGCACCUCUUGUCUCUUGUCAUGCUCUUCACUGCCAUGCUGAACAAGGUGAGGGCUGAGAGUGCAGCCGGACCCGGGACCAAUCAGCAGGGCACAGACUGGCUCCACGCAGUGAAGGCGUUGAUGGUUGUAUCAGUUCUGUUCUCUGCUAUCUCGUUCCUCCUAUUCCUGUAUCAGCUCUACUCGCUGCGCGGGGGGGGGGGGGGGGGGCCUCUUCUACAUCACGGGACUCUUCCAGAUAUUUGCAGGGUUGACAGUGUUCUCUGCCUCUCUCAUCUACUCUCUUCACGCUCCUGAGAUUCUGGUCACUUUUGGUACUGCUUCAUUCUAGCAUGGCUGUGUGUCCUGGCCCUGCUGAUCAGAGGAGUGCUCUACAUCCACCUGAGAAAGAAAGAUUGA